GGGAGAGAAGAGAGAAAAAAGGGGGCUACAAAAAGUCAGUCAUGGGUAUGAGGUUAGCGUGAAGAAAAAAGCUACAAAAAAACCUGGAGCGUCUUCUUGUUGCAGAAGCCCAUUGAUAUUUUAAGUGAGGAGGAGAAGAAGCAGAAGAAGGAGAAGAAGAAGGACAGAAGGGGUGGAAAAGGGAAAGGGAAACCCGGUGAAGAGAGAGAGAAAAGCGGGUGUGCAAGAUGCAGCUGGCCGCGGUGCUGUGGGGCGCCCUGAUAACUUUACUGCUCAGCCAGAGUCCAGGAGUUCAGGGCAGCACUGAGUGUUCAUGUGGGAGGAACCACUUCACGUGUGCGGUCAGCGCGUUCGGGGAGUGUACGUGCAUCCCGGCCCAGUGGCAGUGUGACGGAGACAACGACUGCGGGGAUCACAGCGAUGAGGACGGAUGCAUGCUCCCCACCUGCUCGCCGCUGGACUUCCACUGCGACAACGGCAAAUGCAUCCGACGCUCCUGGGUGUGUGACGGAGACAACGACUGCGAGGACGACUCGGAUGAACAGGACUGUCCUCCCAGGGAGUGCGAGGAGGACGAGUUCCACUGCCAAAACGGCUACUGUAUCCGCAGCCUCUGGCACUGUGACGGAGACAACGAUUGUGGGGAUAACAGUGAUGAGCAGUGUGACAUGCGUAAAUGUUCAGACAAGGAGUUUCGCUGCACAGAUGGCAGCUGUAUCGCUGAGCACUGGUAUUGUGACGGAGACACGGACUGUAAAGAUGGAUCAGAUGAGGAAAACUGCCCUUCAGAUGUUAUGACAGCCACCUGCAGCGUGGAGGAGUUCCAGUGCGCAUAUGGCCGCUGUAUUCUGGACAUCUACCACUGCGACGGAGACGACGACUGCGGGGAUUGGUCAGAUGAGUCGGACUGCUCCUCCCACCAGCCCUGCAGAUCAGUUGAAUUCAUGUGCAGCAGUGGGAUGUGCAUCAAUGCUGGCUGGAGGUGUGACGGCGAGUUUGACUGUGAUGACCAAUCAGACGAGAAGAACUGCACCACGUCCAUGUGCACAGCCGACCAGUUCCGCUGUGGAACUGGACGCUGUGUCCGGUUGUCAUGGAGAUGCGAUGGUGAGGAUGACUGCGCGGACCGCAGCGAUGAAGAAGGCUGUGAGAAAACCGAAAACCCUCCUUGUGCUUCGGACCAGUUCCAAUGUGGGAAUGGACGUUGUAUCGGUCAGAGGAAGGUGUGUAACGAGGCCAAUGACUGCGGAGACGGGACUGACGAACUUCCACAUCAUGACUGCCGUCCACGCUCCAGUGAGGGCAACUGUAACCAGAAUAACGGAGGCUGCUCCCAGAAGUGUCAGAUGGUCAGAGGACUGGUCCAGUGCACCUGUCAUACUGGAUACCGACUGAUGGACGACGGCAGGACCUGCCAGGAUGUGGACGAGUGUGCUGAAGAGGGCUACUGUAGCCAGGGCUGUACCAACGCGGAGGGGGGGUUCCAGUGCUGGUGCGUCCAGGGCUACGAGCUUCGGCCCGACAAGCGCAGCUGCAAGGCUCUGGGUCCAGAGCCGGUGCUGUUGUUCGCCAACCGCAUCGACAUCCGUCAGGUUUUGCCGCAUCGCUCUGAGUAUACCCUGCUGCUCAACAAUCUGGAGAAUGCCAUUGCGCUGGACUUUCACCACAGCCGCGAGCUGGUUUUCUGGUCCGAUGUGACACUGGACCGCAUCAUGAAGGCUAACCUCAACGGCUCCAACGUGGAAGAGGUCGUCUCUACCGGCCUGGAGAGCCCAGGUGGACUGGCCAUAGAUUGGAUCCAAGACAAAUUGUACUGGACAGACUCGGGAACGUCCCGCAUCGAGGUGGCAAACCUGGACGGUACGCAUCGCAAGGUGCUGCUCUGGCAGAACAUGGAGAAGCCUCGAGCCAUCGCGCUGCACCCUAUAGAGGGUAAGAUCUACUGGACAGACUGGGGCAACACGCCUCGCAUUGAGUACGCCAAUAUGGACGGCUCGAACCGGCGGGUCAUCGCAGACACUCACUUAUUCUGGCCAAAUGGCCUCACCAUCGACUACGCUGGCCAUCGCAUGUACUGGGUGGACGCCAAGCACCAUGUCAUCGAAAAGGCAGACCUGGACGGACGCAAUCGCAAAGCUGUCAUCAGCCAAGGCCUGCCCCACCCGUUCGCUAUCACAGUGUUUGAGGACAGCCUCUACUGGACCGACUGGCACACCAAGAGCAUCAACAGUGCCAAUAAAUUCACCGGCAAGAACCAGGAGAUUAUUCGCAACAAGCUCCACUUUCCCAUGGACAUCCAUACCCUGCACCCUCAGAGGCAGCCUGCAGGAGGCAAGAACCGCUGUGGCACUAACAAUGGAGGCUGCAGUCACCUGUGUCUCCCCAGCAACAAGACGUACACCUGCGCCUGUCCCACCGGCUUCAAGAAGGUGGACCACCACAGCUGUGCCAACAGUCUUGACAAGUUCCUGCUUUUUGCCCGAAGGACGGACAUCCGACGAAUCAGCUUUGAUACAGAGGACAUGUCCGAUGAUGUCAUCCCUCUGGCUGACGUGCGCAAUGCCGUGGCGCUGGACUGGGAUGCCAAAGAUGGCUACAUCUACUGGACAGACGUCACCACUGACUCCAUCAACAGAGCUCUGUGGAACGGCACUAAGCAGGAGGUGGUGGUGGACACCAGUCUGGAGAGCCCGGCAGGUUUGGCGAUUGACUGGGUGACCAACAAGCUGUACUGGACUGAUGCUGGUACGGAUCGUAUCGAGGUUUCAAAUGCAGAUGGGAGCAUGCGGACUGUGCUUAUAUGGGAGAACUUAGACCGACCAAGGGACAUCGUCGUCGACCCCAUUGGAGGUUUCAUGUACUGGACCGACUGGGGUGCCAACCCAAAGAUUGAACGUGCAGGAAUGGAUGCUUCCAGUCGCAUUGUCAUUAUCUCAUCCAAUCUGACGUGGCCAAACGGGCUCGCCAUCGACUAUGAGACUCAACGUCUGUACUGGGCUGAUGCUGGCAUGAAAACUAUUGAAUUUGGAAACUUUGAUGGUUCUGACCGACAGGUUUUGAUCGGCAGCCAGCUGCCUCACCCCUUUGGCCUGACUGUACAUGAGGAUAAGUUGUACUGGACAGACUGGCAGUCCAAGAGCAUCCAGAGUGCUGACAAGCUCACUGGCUUGGGACGACACACUUUGGCUGAAAACCUGGAGAACCUCAUGGACAUACACAUGUUCCAGAGACACCGCGAAACAGUUCGUAACCCGUGUGCUGUGAAUAAUGGGGGUUGCAGUCACCUCUGUCUCCUGGCUCCUGCUCCCAAAGCCUCCAGCUGUGCCUGUCCCACUGGGAUUAACCUGCAGACGGAUGGAAAGACCUGCACGCCUGGGAUGAGCAGCUUCCUCGUAUUUGCACGGAGGACAGACAUCAGGAUGGUGUCUCUGGACAUCCCCUACUUUGCAGAUGUGGUUCUUGCCGUCAACAGCUCCAUGAAAAACACUAUUGCCAUUGGCGUCGAUGCCAAAGAAGGAAAAGUGUAUUGGUCUGACAGUACACUGAAGAAAAUCAGCAGAGCCAACAUCAAUGGAACAGCAGAACAAGACAUCAUAUCUACAGGGUUGAUGACAACUGAUGGCCUGGCGGUGGAUGCUGUUGGCAGAAAGAUCUACUGGACAGACACAGGAACCAACCGCAUCGAGGUUGCUAACCUGGACGGCUCCAUGAGGAAAGUUCUCGUCUGGCAAAACCUCGACAGCCCUCGAGCCAUUGCCCUCUACAAUGAGAUGGGUUAUAUGUACUGGACAGACUGGGGAGAGCACGCUAAGCUGGAGCGCUCUGCAAUGGAUGGAUCAGAUCGUGUAGUACUCAUCAGUAACAACCUGGGCUGGCCCAACGGCCUGGCCGUCGACAUGGCCGGCUCACAGUUACUGUGGGCUGACGCUCACACUGAGCGUAUCGAGGCCGCCGACCUGAACGGACAGAAUCGCCACACCCUCGUGACUCCAGUCCAGCACCCUUACGGUUUAACCCUACUGGGGUCUCACAUCUACUGGACCGACUGGCAGAGCCGCAGCAUCCAGCGUGCCGAUAAGACAAGCGGAUCCAACACCAUCACGGUGCGAUCCAACCUGCCAGGCCUGAUGGACAUCCAGGCUGUGGACAGGGAGAAGCCGCUGGGUUUUAAUAAGUGCGGCAGGAGGAACGGAGGCUGCACUCACCUGUGUCUGCCUCGUCCCAACGGUACAUCCUGCGCCUGCCCCACCGGCAUCCUGCUGAAGGGAGACGGCAGGUCAUGUGAAGACUCCCCAGAAACGUACCUGCUCUUCUCCAACCGUGUCAGUGUGCGGAGGAUCUCCCUGGACACCAAUGAUCACACCGACGUGCACGUACCGGUGCCCGAGCUGCACAACGUCAUCUCUCUGGACUACGACAGUGUGGACGGAAAACUUUACUACACCGAUGUCACCCUGGAUGUUAUAAGGCGUUCUGACCUGGACGGCAGUAACAUGGAGACCGUGAUCAGCCAGGGCCUAAAGACCACUGAUGGGUUGGCUGUGGACUGGGUGUCCAGGAACAUGUACUGGACCGACACGGGAAGAAACACCAUCGAGGUGGCUCGACUGGACGGAACGAGCCGCAAAGUCCUGGUCAACAACAGUUUGGACGAACCCCGAGCCAUCGCGGUUUUCCCGAGCAAAGGGUUCUUGUUUUGGACUGACUGGGGUCACAUUGCAAAGAUCGAGCGGUCUCACCUGGACGGGUCGGACAGGAAGGUUCUGAUCAACACCGACCUGGGUUGGCCCAACGGUCUCACACUAGACUACGACACACGCAGGAUAUUCUGGGUUGACGCCCACUUGGACAGGAUUGAAAGUUCUGACCUGAAUGGGAAACUGCGUCAGACCCUUGUUAACCCGGUGUCCCACCCCUUCGCUCUGACUCAGUUGAAGCCGGUGUCCUCCCCUCUAACUCCUUUCUCCCGACUCUCGCAGCAAGACCGCUGGAUCUACUGGACGGACUGGCAGACUAAGUCCAUUCAGCGGGUGGACAAACACACCGGCCGCAACAAGGAAACCGUGCUGGCCAACGUGGAGGGCCUCAUGGACAUUAUAGUGGUAUCACCUAACAGACAGACAGGUACCAACCUCUGUGGAGUGAACAAUGGCGGAUGCACUCACCUCUGCUUCGCCAAGACCAACAGUUUUGUGUGUGCGUGCCCCGAUGAACCAGACGGGCGACCCUGUUCAACUAUUUCAGGUUACGUCCCCACUGCUCCUGCCAGAGGAACCAGCAGCACCCCGAUCCCUAACAAGAUCCCCAAAGCUCCAACAGACACACCACACAGAGGACCGUCACUGGUCAACUGCACUGACAAGAAUCUAAACGUCGAAGGCUGCUCACAGAGCAACGUGGUGUCGGCUCCUCAUGGAGAAGGACUUCAUAUCAGCUAUGUGAUUGGUGGAGUUCUGACCAUCCUGGCAAUUCUGAUCCUCAUUGCCGCUUUGAUUAUUUACAGACAUAAAAAGUCAAAGUUUGCCGACCCGGGGGUUAGCAACCUGACCUACAGUAACCCCUCAUACCGGACGUCUACGCAAGAGGUCAAGAUUGAGGCAUCGCAGAAGCCUCCAAUAUACAACCAGCUUCGAUAUAAAAAAGAGGGGGGAGGAGAUGGAGGAUACACCAAGGAGAAGAUUCGCAUUGUGGAGGGCGUGUGUCUCCUGUCCAAUGAGGAGCUUUAUUGGGAUGACCUAAAACAGAUCAAGCCGUCCCGAGGCGGCCUGCACACCUGCAUGCGCACAGACACCGUCUCGCUGCAGGCCAGCAGUGCUUCAUUAGACGACGGCGAGACUGAGCAGCUCCUCCAGGAGGAGGCGUCUGAAUGCUCCUCCAUAACCACCCUGACCCCAUCAGCCAUCACCCCACAGCGUCACGCCCAGCACAGCCUGCCCGACACCGGCUGGGCCUCAACGCGCAAGCCCUCCACUGAGAGUGAAGUGUGAGGGAGGCCCCCCCCCCCCUUCCCUCUGUGCUUUAUCUCAACCUUCAUUACCUAAUAAACACACACCUGUAUUUAUAGCUGGUACAAAAACACACAAAGAUAAAAAGGUACACCGCAAUAGCUGCAUAUGUAGAGUAACAGUACAUAUGAAUCCGGUUAGAAAAAUCUAAGUUCCCAUAAACGCAACUCCUCUGAAACUGGGGCUCCGUCCUACUUGUACACACACACACACAUGCAGUGCAGUUCUCCAACAGAACCCUCAGUGCUACUGCCUUUAGACAAAAUGAUAAACUAAUGAGCAUGCUGGAAUAAGAAAGCAAAAGACUCUGGGGAGGAAGUGAACAGAGAGACACAAGCGUUAUCUGGAGCCUUUUUAAAGGAUGCAAGGCGCUUCUCUGCGUAAAACUUCACCUUUUAUUUUUUGUGAACUUUUUUUUUUUUUUUUUGGUUUUGGACAAAGCUAAAACAUCACACCCCUUGGACUAUGUAACCACAAUGCUCUCUCUCUAAUGCCACUCAUAUCUUUUUGAACUCUAUUUAUGAACGUUUUUGUACUUCAGAGUGGGUUUGCUGACUUUCAGAGAACAGCGAGAGUGUUGUGUUGAACUUUUGUGCAGCAGGACCCGGGUAUUCAAGAGUUGUAUUUAUGACAGUGCCAAAGGGUGGGGCUUCACAGAGUCUCCAUGCUUCUUUCUGCAUUUACACGUCAGUAGAAAUGUAUCUUAAUUACGGGAUGUUUCUUUUUAUUUCACUUACUGACUGCCCUCACCAGUGGGAGACCUCAGUGAUGACACCAUCUGCUUCUAAUGUCUUAUUUUACAGCCUCCUAAACAGGCCAAGCAAGGACGUAGCUGGUACUCUCAGUUAAUUGCGGAAGUCUGUUUAUCUUCUGUAAAAAAUGUCCUGAAAGGAGCUCCUUUUUUUUUCUUCCUCUUUUAAAAAAAAUCAAUCAUUGCUGAUCCUCGGGCAAAGCAGAGGAAGCCGCGAUGAAGUAACAGCCUAAGUGCCAAACAUUUUGUUCUUUUUCCUCCUUCAGCUGUAUAUUUAUUUUUCUCAGAGGUUGUAAAAUGAACGUGACUUUUUUUUUUUUUUUUAAACUCAUUCUGAUUAAAGGGUUGGUUCACCCAAAUCGCAAAAAAACACAUUUUCUCACUUACCAUUAGUAGUAUACAGCCAUGCAGAUACAGUAGUACUGCUUUUAUGUACCAAUGUUUUUAGAUUUCUGUUCCUCUGUGAUUUCUUCUGCCAAUUUUCUUUGUAAUUACUUACUCAAAGCAAUCUCUCAUUAAGCAUUUCUAUCAUCGGUUUUCCAACAAAAUUAAGUGUUUCUUGGGUUUACUAUCCAUUUUCACAGCACUUACUAUUCGAAUCUGAAGCUCUUUGAUGUUAACAAGGUCAGCAAGGAUUAAUUUGUUGCCCUUAAAAAAAACUAAAGCUCCCAUGAAUUUCUUUUCAUCGUAGGAGUGUGUGUAUUAUAUGUUGUCGUAACUGUCCCCCCCCCCCCCUUAUCCAUGAUAUUCAGCCACAUUCUCAUCAAUUUCUAUCUUAAAAAUUAUAUUUGCUGUUCAGCCCUCCCUCUCCACUUUUACCCACAGCAGUCGUAGAUUUGUAGAAAAUGUGUUUGUUAAAGGCUGCCUACAAAACAA